AUGCAUGAUUGCUUCGGAUCACAUAAUCGAAAUAAAACUGAGUCAAUGGGCUCUGGAUCAGAGCAUAAUUUUCAAAGUCGCAGUUUCAUCAGGCAAAAAAGUGGAGAUAAAAGGUAAAACAGAAACAGUCAAAAUAGACUGGGAGCUGAAAAAGAACAAAAAGAGAACAACUUUGAUUAGUUUUCAACUCUAGGAGGCUAAACCACAACUGAAUCAUACCCUGUUAAUUCUUUGACACAAACUAAAAUAAUAAAGCUAAGUUUAGAUCUUAAUAUAAACCAACAAAAUCCAAAGAAUAUCAAUCUUAGCAGAGGUGGUUUACAGACAAAUACAUAAAAAACAACCACUGAACUUUUACAAAAUUAAGGCUUGAUUAAUGUUAGUGCUUAGACAACAUAAUCUAGAAAUCCAAUUUAUGCCAAGAGUAUAAGUCAAUAAUACGUUUAGGUAACUCCUUUAAAGAAAUUUAAGCCAACUAAUCUUCUCAUUCAUUAGCAUUAAAACCCUUAGAGCUCACAGUCAAUUUCACUGUUUCAAUAAAAUAAUUAGCUUUAGACUCAGUGUCAAAUGGUAAAAGAUUAAAACAAAAAAUCAUGCAAGAUCCUCAAAACAAGUAAUUAGAUGAAUGAGGAGGGGAGUGAAAUAUUUGAUUUGCAAGAUUACUUACAAUCUAAGAAGACCUCAGCUCAUUAGUCUAUUCAUGAUUACCAAACUCUAAGUAGUGUUGAAUAACUAACAUUAUCCAAUACUCAUAGUGUUCAUAAUAAUCAAAAGCCUAAUGAUCAAGCAAUAAAUUAAAACAAGAGUGGUAAGAAGCAAAUGCAACUCAAAAUUACUGGCUUUAGUGUUUAAACUGAUUACAAAAGCCCAACUCGCUAAAUCAUCGCUACAUAAAAUGUCACUAAUAAUAAAAGUACAGUAAAGAUAAAGAAAAUUGAGAGAGACUAAUCAAAAAAUAGAAGGAGCACAGAAAAACUGCAUGGGAACACUAAUCAAUUAAGAUUGAAUGAGUAAAUGAAGAAAGUAACUAUUGAAAAUUUUGGAUUUCAGAGCUUUCAAUAGCCUAAUAAUAACUCUUAAUUUUACACAGUCAAAAAUAAUGAGAAAUUUGAGAAAUUCAAAAAGAAAUGGGUAAAAGAAGAAAAUAAAUCAAGCUUUAAACCCUCUGAUCAUCGUAAAAGUAGUCCAACUAAUGAUAUUCUUCCACCCUUUACUAAAUAGAUUAGCCAAUAGAAUGCUGAUAUUAAUGCUGAAAAUUAAGCCCUUUUUAAAACAUAAGAGUCCCCUCGUUUAAUCAACCACUUUCAGAUUUAAGAAGAUUUCAGUCCAGCUAAUAUAAUUCGAAACAAUUUAAUUGAUAGAAAUAAAUCGAUUUCUAAGAUAAAUACACCAAUAAACCCAACUAGAAAUUCAAGAAUAUCAACUCCUGUCUAUAAUAAAUCUCAGAGUAACAUUAACAUCAUUAGAAAAUCUUAGAACUCAUUGCUAUUAGAUGAUUAUUCUCCAUCUAUUCUUGGCAAAAAAUCUUUGAGAAAUCAUAGUACUUUCGAUGUAGUAACCACAGCUUCUGAUCCUGAUUUUAAUUGUUAGAUGAAAUAAUAAAUGCGGGAAUUUAUGACGCCCUCAGAAAUUAAAAAUCUUAAUUAUCCUACUUAAAACUGCUAUGACUUCUUGAAGCGAUCUCUUUAAUCAUAGAAGGGGCUAGCAUUAGAAUUUACAAAGGCAAGUGAAUCACUUAGGACUCUUUCUCAAACUUUCUUGUUCUUUAUGAGCUUUUACAAAGAUAUUGAAUCACUUAUUAAUGAAAGCAAAAGUUCAAAUCUUAGACAAGAUAUGCAAAAUUUCAUGCGAAGAUAUGCCUUAAACCAGUUGGAUUUUGACAUAGAAGAUUUAAAUAACAAGAAUGGUGAAUAUUAGAGAAUACAAUAAAAUUAAUAAGCAUCAAUAGAAGACAUUACUAAAUUCUUAAGGUAUGCUAAAUCUGAAAGAGUCGAGAUUGAGAAGAAAUAGCAUGAAAACAUGUAAAAUGAACUUAAGAAUUUAAAAGAGCAAAAUAUGAAACUGUAGUAACAGCUUAGAAUAAAAAAUAGAAAUGAAAAUUUCACUCAAUGCACAGUAAAUCAUAUUAAAAAUUAAUAAAAAGGUGCAAAAAAUGUAGGAUUAGGCUAUCCAUUCAACUCUGGAUCAAAAGGACUCGGAUAGAUGAAUCGCAUAAUUAUGGAGUUGCAAGCAUAAAUUGAAAAGAGGUCUAAGUGCAUAGAAGAGUUGGACAAUAAAAUGAAGGCUUAGCAGACAGAACAUGAAAAAUACAAGGAGGAAGUUAAUAGUAAAUAAAAACAGAUGAAAAAUGUGAUUUAGGAAAUGACUAAUAAAUUCAAAAAACUUAAAGAAGAAAAGGACUAGCUUAAAACUCUGAUGCUUGCUUCUGAAAAGAUUGAUCCUGAGGAACAUAAACUACUAUUAUUAGAAAGAAAUAGAGGUUUAGAAAAAAUUAGCACACUUGAAUCAAUUAAUGUUUAAAUGACAGAAGUUCUAAAUAAAGAGGAAAAAUUUAAAUAGAUGAAAAACAUUUUCAUUGAUUUGUGCAAUAUUCUAGUAAGCAAGAAAGAUUCUAAGGUAGAAAUGAGCUAUGCCUAGCAAGAGUUCUUCAAAUUCAUAAUAAAUGAAAGUUUAAAAAUAGAAGUAGAAAGUACUCUGAAAAAUAAAUAAGCAAUGAAAUUUUUUGCUAAUGAGUUGAUCACUCUGAUAAACCAGCAUCUUAGUUGGUUAUUUGGUGAAUACCCCUAAGUUCAUGGAGAAGUCUUAUCAUUCAGGAAAACUUAAGAGCUUGUAAGUUCAAUAGAGAGGAAAGAGCCAAAUUACUAUGAUGAUGAGUUCAGUGAAAUUGAAGCUAAUUCAACCCCUUUUAAAUAAUAGCAAUAGACUGAAACAAAACCUAAAUACUCCUUACCAUAGUAAAUCGAUUUGGCUAAAAAGAGUUUUAAUGGUAGAUAACUAAAUCAUGCUUUAACUCCAUUAGCAUUGACCUCUAUUCAACUUACAAAUCAAUCAGAUUCUCAAAGUGAUCUUUAGAAUUUAUUCUAUAAUAAAAAUCCAUCAAGAUAGCAAGAGCAGCAUAUACUAAAAGUUGAUCUUUCACCAUCUUCUAAUAAUUUUUUGGAUGAUAAUAGUUCAAAUGGAUAAUUUAUGAGAACUGAAGGUAAUAAACAGUAAAGUGAGUUAAAUAGGCCAAAUAAUAAUACAAAUCAAAUCAAUAAAAAGAAGCAAUUAAAGUAAAAACUGGGUCUUUUGAGAAAAGAGAACAGAGAGUUAAGAAUGAUGAUUGAUAUGCUCUAGAUUACAGAUGGCAACAACUACUAUAACAAUGAUAAUUAUAAGAAAAGAUGCUUUACGCCAAAUGGGUAAAUGAAUGAGAGCAAAAGAUUAGGUAACUUUUAAGGAUUAUCAAACCAAAUAAAAAACAAUGGGUUUGAAGGACUAGAUACAAAUAUGAACUCAAGAUAAGAAUCUGAGUCUAAGUACUAUACAGGACUUGAUAUUGAUAAGAGAGGAGAUUUCAAUGAACUAGACUUACUAAAAUCUUUACAUAGUAUGGCUUACUUACUAGAAGAAUCUUGUAACCCUAGAGUUAAGCCUAAGGUUAGAAUUGAAAAAAUUUGA